AGGGCCAUUUUUGGUCUAAGCCAGCUAAGUGUUUCUCUCUGCUCGUUUGGCCAUGUCUGGGCUAGACUAUAAUGGAAUUCAGAACAGAAUCGAAUACGCACAUAGCUGGAAGCAUAUACAAGCAGAGGCUAUCUCGGCGUUACAUGGUAGCCAAAUAAUGAGGGAUGAGGAAGUGAUCCGUGGCCGGGAUAUGUUGCUGGACAGAAUGGCGAGCCUUGGGCGUAAGGUUCACGCAGUCUUUCGCCACUAGUAGUCGAGAUUGGGGGAGGUGUUUUAGGUGGCCAACCAAGACACCACAGUGAAA